CGAGGCUCCUCCAGCGAUCCUAAGGGAGGUGACAUCUGAGCAUUCGUUCUCUCUUCUCUUGUUGUCACUCAUCUAUCCGACGCAUCCUAUCCUACACUGCUAGGGUUGAGCUGAGAGCUGGCCUGAGGUGCUGAAACUCUGUGGAACAGCCCUCGCUCGUCUUCUUUUUGCCCCCGAGGACUCUUGUCUCAUCCAAGGUUCACAUGAAACACGAUCGCGCUCCGACCUCAGCAAGUUCCCCAGUUUUUACGUUGUGAAGUAUAAAAAUUAUAAAAAAAAAAUAUAUAAUUAAUUAAAAAACGAAGAAAAAAGAAAAAAGCGCGCGUUGCCCCGCCGGGUUCUUUUGCCUUUCGUUUCUCGUCAGACGGAUUUGUUUCGUACAAAGUCCAAGUAGGUCUCGGCAAGAAAGCGGCCGUUCGCCUUUCGACCUUUUAGUAAGGACAAGAGGCACAUCCGAGUGUUCUGAAUUUCUCGAGAGUCCUUCUCACCUCUCCUUCAAACAUUUCUUCUCCAUCAAAUGACAAAAUGAAAGUAUUUCGUUCGAGAUUCCAAUCUCUCUGAAACUCCAGGAGCCAACAAUUGCCCUAUAAUCCCCCAUUUCCUUGUCUGCCAUUCCGGUCAGAUCGAAACGUUCGUUCGUAGCGUCAUCUUCAUGAUGCUAGGAACUCAAAACCCCUACACUGCCGUUCUGCCUUCCAUACCAUCAGCAAUCUCGAGUACAUAUAUGACCCUGCCGGGUAAAGGCCAAGCUGGCUCAAUGUUGAAUCGGGAAGGUGUGUUCUCCAGCCCAACGGAGUCUGAAUUCUCCGAAGGCUGUGAUGGAUUCGACUCGGUUCGGUUGUGGGACGAGAAAAAGGUAGCCGACUGGCUGCAUAGCAUACGCUGCGGACAGUAUGAGGCUAUAUUCAAAGCGAAUCACUUCAAUGGCGAUAACCUUUUAGACUGUGAUCAGAAAAUAUUGCAGGAGAUGGGAAUUAAGAAGGUUGGCGAUCGGGUCCGCAUCUCUGUAGCCGUUAAGCAACUAAGGACCAAAAGUGUUUCGAGCCGAAAAAAGAAAAAUAGAGACUCUUUUGUUGCCUUGGAUUCGUCGAGAUUCACCCCUCCCUCUGCCGAAUCGCCACGCCCCUCUACGGCCCGUCAACAACCGUCCAACAGCCGCCAAUGGCCUCGUCAUGAAAACGGUAAAGGCUCGCCGAGAGCCGCAUCGCCUCUCACUGAGCAUGAUCGGGGAUUGCGGCCUUACCGAUACGCUGGCGCAAGCCCCGUCGAAAGUGCUCGUCGAGAACAAGGCGGAAGCUACUUCUCCCGCCCCUCAGAUCCUUCACAGAGCUCAAGGGCAGCUGCGCACAUGAGACAAGCCCCAAGUAUCGAUGGACUUACCAUGGGCGCUUUACCUCCAAACUCUCCGGUCAUUAGAGUCAUAUACACUGGUGGACAGACAAAAGUACUUAAUGUAAAACAUUGCAAGACCGCGGAGGAGGUGAUGUUGGCCGUCCUCAGGAAGCUGCUGCUACCCGAGAGCCACUUCAGAAAUUAUUGCUUUUAUGUUCUAGACGGUUUGGAUCCAGAUCCAGCAAACUGCAGGCGAAUAUCAGAUUCGGAGUUGCUCCAGAUAUGUGACGGGUCUGGUCGAUCCGAGCGCGGACGUUUAAUACUAAGGAAGCUCCAUGCUGGCGAGCCUGAGGCUGAGGAGCUUCAGCGCGCUGCUCAACUUGCAAUGGAUGAGAACCAAGUAGCCCACAUGAAUGCGCUCAGCACUACCAACGUGAGGAACCAGAUUAAGCUUCAAAAACUAACCGGUGAACCAUGGCAUAACAUACGGCAGCCGCGGUCACCGUUAACAGCCACCGAUCGCCACAGGGACGAUUAUCCAAAGAUAGCUACAGCCAAAGCCGGUGAUCGUCAGCAGAGCACGAAAUUACGGUCCUUCUUCGGUGCUCGCCCGCCAAGUGAAAUGAUUAUUCACGAAUUAACGUCUUAUUUCCCAAGUCACCAGAAGGAAGAUAUCGAAAAGACAAUGCGCCUAUCAGUGAGACGGUCUCAACGGCUUAGCCGCGCUGCCAGCCGCCUGAGUGUGGUGAGCAACAUCAGCUUGGCAUCAAGCUUAAAAGACGCACCGCCUAUUCCGAGCAUUGCUGAUACGUGGUUGACGGGUGCCGGGCAACAACCAACACGCGGCUCGAGGCCCCUUUCAGUAUCCCGAUUCAAUCUUCCUCAGGCUUCAUUCCGUGAUUCUAUAGCCUCAUCCAAUUUGCAACCGUUACAAGAAGAGUCUCCGGUAGAACCCAAUCGCAAAUCUUAUGUCUCAUUCGACAGUGCAUCUGAAAUUGCAGGUGGAGAAUCGAGGCAAGGUUUCCUUGAUGAGUCUAUCUGCCUCAAUGCUCCGGAUACCGGGGGUUCACUCAACGAACGCCUCAGUAUAAUUGUCGCCGAAGAUGGUGAGGAAGAUGAUGAUGGCUUAGCCGAUUUCCUUGCCGGGAAUAACUUCAGCAACAAGAAUUGGAUGAAAGGUUCUUUGAUCGGUGAAGGAUCCUUUGGCAGCGUCUUUCUUGCCCUCCAUGCGAUUACGGGGGAGCUCAUGGCUGUGAAGCAAGUCGAACUUCCGUCGGCCACAAAGGGAACGGAAUUUGACAACAAGAAAACUACCAUGGUCAACGCCCUGAAGCACGAAAUUAGUCUUCUUCAAGGCCUGCAACAUCCGAACAUCGUGCAAUACCUUGGUACAUCCACUGACGACCAGUACCUGAAUAUUUUCUUGGAAUAUGUUCCAGGAGGUUCCAUUGCGACCAUGCUUAAGCAAUAUAACACUUUCCAGGAACCUUUGAUCAGGAAUUUUGUCCGGCAAAUCCUAACGGGUCUUUCAUACCUUCAUAGUCGUGACAUUAUCCAUCGAGAUAUCAAAGGUGCAAACGUCCUUGUUGACAACAAAGGCCAAAUCAAAAUCUCAGAUUUCGGUAUAUCCAAACGUGUCGAAGCUUCGAAUAUGCUAAGCGCGGGAGGCUCAGCUCGUCAUCUGCACCGCCCGUCCCUUCAGGGAAGCGUGUACUGGAUGGCUCCCGAAGUCGUGCGCCAAACAGCACACACUAAGAAGGCAGAUAUCUGGAGUCUUGGCUGCCUUGUUGUCGAAAUGUUUAUUGGUGCCCAUCCUUUCCCAGAUUGCAGCCAGCUCCAGGCAAUAUUUGCCAUUGGAAAUAACAAGGCCCGACCACCACCGCCGGAAAAUGCCAGCAAGGAGGCCACAGCGUUUCUGGAUAUGACGUUUGAGAUUGACCAUGAGAAGAGACCCAGCGCAGACGAUUUGUUGAAUGACCCAUUCUUGGAGACCAUGAUUGGCUGACGGGCCAAGCUGGCGCUGGCUAUGUCUACUCCCUCCUCUAUACUCUCUACAUGCACCUAAUUUUGCAGUUAUUUUUUCGUGAUAAUGUUUUGAAUGAGCUAUGUCUUGCAUUUUAAGCCUCAAAUUUUUCACUUCAUGACGACUUCACGGACAACAGUCAAACACAAAUGUGCUGGAACUUUAUUGUUUCCCUCCCUUCUUAGACACAUGAGGCAUUCAGUAAAAUUCUUGCAGCUUGCUAGGAGCACGUUUCAAUAUUGCUCUGUUGGCCUGUAUGUAUGAAUAAUCUCUUUAUUGUAAUUGCUGCUUUUCUUGAUACAGAGAUAAGUCUACGCUCAUUUGGCGUAAGAGCAUUGUUCCGGAGAAAUGACAA